CAGAUCCAACAUGGCGGCUUUCUGAGUUUUGGAGGUGGGAACUGGGUGUAAAUAAACACACGUUAGACGUUUUUUAAAACUAUAGCUAACAACACUCGAAUUUUUGUGUAUAUGACAUAUUGUACCUGGGAAAGAAAAUGUCAACUGACGGAAACAAGAAACAAUUCUGGAAAAGAAACACAGCUAAGGUCCCUGGCAGCAUACAACAUGUGUAUGGUGCUCAACAUCCACCUUUCGACCCUCUUCUACAUACUAAUCUAAUCAAAGCGGGCAACAAGCCCCAGACGACACCGGGAGGGAAGCCAAAGAAAGCCACCACCUUCCAGGAGUUUGAGAGCAUCACCAGCGAUGCCUGGGAGGUGGGGGACGAUGACGACGAACUGCUCGCCAUGGCCGCACAGAACCUCAACAUUGAGGUCGUCAUGGAAACCGCCAACAAGGUGAUUGAGAACCACAGCAAGCAGCAGGAGAAGCAGAGACAGGACGAUGCCGACGCGUCAGAGCUGGAGGAGAGAGAGGAAGAGGAGGCGCAUGAGGAAGAGGUGGAAGAAGAGGAAGAGCAGGGGGAGGAAGGGGAGGAAUCGACCCCCGAGGUGUCGUUUGCCUCUGAGCCCAGCCCGCUCAGCGAUGGCAGACUGAUGAAGUCACUGAGUGAGGCCCCCAUUGGAUCACCUAAGGAUGCGGCCGGAGAGAGAGUGUCGCUCCACAGACAGCAGUCCCUGCCCCACCGGCCCACUAUCCCCAUGGUGGCUCGUAUGGCUGACCAGAACACCUCCGGGACCCCAGUCAUGACAGAGAGAGAGGCCUCCCGCCUGGACAAGUUCAAACAGGUUCUGGCUGGACCCAACACUGACCUUGAGGAAUUACGAAAGUUGAGCUGGUCUGGAAUUCCGCGCCAGGUUCGUCCAAUCACGUGGAAGCUCCUUUCGGGUUACCUUCCUGCCAACACAGAGAGGAGAGAGAGCACGCUACAGAGGAAGAGACAGGAAUACUUUGGUUUCAUAGAACAGUACUACGAUUCACGCAACGACGAGCACCACCAAGACACAUACAGACAGAUUCGUAUAGACAUCCCCCGGAUGAGUCCGGAUUGUCUAAUGCUGCAGCCUAUGGUGACAGAGAUUCACAUUGACAUACCAAGAACUAAUCCCCUUAUUCCUCUCUUUCAACAAGCUUCUGUCCAAGAGAUCUUUGAGCGUAUCCUGUUCAUCUGGGCGAUCCGCCACCCGGCCAGCGGCUACGUGCAGGGCAUCAACGACCUUGUCACGCCUUUCUUCGUCGUCUACGUCUUUGAGUACAUCAAGGAGGAGGUGGAGAACUUUGACGUGUCCAGCUUGCAGGAGGAGGCUUUGCGGAACAUCGAGGCUGACAGUUUCUGGUGCAUGAGUAAGCUGUUGGACGGCAUUCAGGACAACUACACAUUUGCCCAGCCGGGGAUCCAAAGGAAAGUCAAGGCUCUGGAGGAGUUGGUCAGCAGGAUCGAUGAAACGGUGCACGUCCACAUGCAGCAGUAUGAAGUGGAGUAUCUCCAGUUUGCCUUCCGUUGGAUGAACAACCUGCUGAUGAGAGAGCUGCCGUUACGCUGCACUAUACGCCUCUGGGACACCUACCAGGCUGAGCCAGAGGGAUUCUCUCACUUCCAUCUCUACGUGUGUGCUGCUUUCCUGGUACGAUGGAGGAAAGAGAUUCUGGACGAGAGAGAUUUCCAGGGUCUGAUGAUCCUGCUGCAGAACCUGCCCACCAUGCACUGGGGCAACGAGGAGGUCAGCGUGCUCCUGGCCGAGGCCUACAGGCUGAAGUUUGCCUUCGCUGACGCCCCCAACCACUACAAGAGAUGAGUGUGGCCCCCCAUUACCCCUGGACAGCUAGCUACUGAACCCCUGACAGAGGCCCCCUGGAGGACGGAUGGUUGGAUGGACCCCCUCCUAGACUUUCUUGUCCCUCAGCAGUCCACGACCGUUGCUACUAGUAGAUUAAAACAAAAACAAUGUUUGCGUCCCAAAUGGCACCCUAUUCUCUACAAAGUGCAUUACUUUUGACCAUAGCCCCAAGUAGUGCACUAUGUAGGGAGUAGGGUGCCAUUUGGGAAGCAGACCAGCGUGUGCUGCUUCUUCGUGUACCGUUCUAACCGACUGUUCUUCUUGACUCCUCUUCUCUUUGUACUUCACGAUGAAAUGACAUUUGUGCAACACUCCAACAACAUCAAUGCCUGUCCCAUCGAAGUAGACCCCAACCAAAAAAGAAAGACCUCCAGUCGGGGGGGGGGGAGAGAGACCUUCUGUACUAGGUUUAUAUCUGUCACUUUUGAGGACACACACGUCAUCAUUCUAGUCAUCCCUAGCUGGCAUCGAGCUCUUCUCUCAUCUCCACGCUCCGUGCUUUCAGUUCAAGUCAAGCGGUCAAAUUACCAGAGACAAGUAGGUUUUUAGUUAAAAACAGAAACACAUUCACAUAAAAGGCAAUAAUUAGCUAAUAGGGAGAAAGUAUCUGUUAUUAUUAUGGACGGUUUCUUUCGGACUCUGACAUGGUCCGCAGGGCUGGAUCUAAUAAUAUAAUGUCUAACAACACUCUCUGAACUCUAUUGUAUUAUGUCAGAUAUUUGUCGGUUGGCUGAGGGAGGGACGAGUGUUGCGUGACUCUGCCUGACCUACGAUCAUCUCUGAACCUAGGACUCACUACCUCACUCAAUCAGUCUAUCAGUAAGACACAUUAGUACAGCACCAUGUAGUAGUUAGCAGUCACCUUUUAGGCCAGGAGAUUUCCUAAUUAGGUCACAUGGUCAGAAAAAAAACUCCUGGCCGUAGCCCUUUACACUCGUACCCUUAUACGGGAUGAAAAUGGCAGAUUUGGCCACUAAUAAACAACUAAAUUGGAACGCAGUGGCUGUACAGUAACAUGCUAUACAUGUCAGAGCACUGGCGCUGCACUUCACAGCGCUCUAUGGGUUUUGACUGACAGCCGUUCUGAACUUGAGCACCUUGCGCGACUUUGCUGUAAAUUAAUGUGUUUUCAGUCAAUUUACCUGGUAAAAAAUAAGAAUAAUACAUACAUACAUUUUUUGUUGUCUGAGUGAGGGAAAUGCUG